AUCAAAAAAAAGUCCAGGAAAUGUCUACAGCAGGUAUACAUCCUCGAGAGAUACUCUCUACUCUCCGUCAAAGUAAUCCAAAUAACUUUGCGAUUUCGAAAACUAUUUACAAUGCCCGGGAUAAGAUUCGACAUGAUAACCUUCAAGGUCGUACACCAAUUCAAGCUCUUCUUGAUGAGCUUGUAGAAGAAAAUAUUGAACAUUAUUAUCAAUAUAAUCAAAAUGGAAAUUUAACUCAUCUUUUUUUUGCACAUCCAAAAUCAAUUAUACUUACCAAAACAUAUAACUCCAUUCUCUUAAUGGAUUGUACCUAUAAGACUAAUAAAUUUAAAAUGCCACUGCUUCAUGUCGUUGGCAUGACAAGUUUUAACACUACAUUCUCUUCCUGUUUUGCAUUCUUAAAAUCAGAGCAGGAAGAAGAUUACAAAUGGGCUCUUACUUGUGUUUUUCGCAUUUUUGGAGACAUUCCAAAGCCCCAAGUUAUCGUGACCGACCGUGAAUUAGCCUUAAUGAAUGCAGUAAAAACAGUAUUUACAGAGUCACAAAAUCUUUUGUGCAUUUGGCACAUUGGAAAGAAUGUAUUGGUUAAUUGCCGGCGUUAUUUUCAAACGGAGGUUGAAUGGUCAGCAUUUAUGGAAAGUUGGUCUACCCUUAUAAAAUCCAAAACUGAAACCGACUUUGGAAACAACUGGGAAAAAUUAGUAGAAAAAUAUAAUGAAAAACAAAUAACUAUUGAAUAUUUGAAAGAAACCUGGUUACCAUUUAAAGCAAAUUUUGUGAGCUGUUGGGCUGACCGUUAUUUGCAUCUUGGUAAUAUGACGACGUCUCGAGUAGAAGGGGCCCAUGCGAUGCUGAAAAUGUACCUUCAGGUAUCAAUGGGUAAUCUUCUUGUUGUCCAUGAGAAAAUUACUUUGGCGUUAGAAAAUCAGUAUCAAGAAAUUAAAACCAAGGCCUCCCAAGAGAUGAUUCGGAUACCCCAUGCACUAAACAAACCAUUCUAUGCGCAGGUUGUUUCCAAAGUGUCUGAAUUUGCAUUAAAGAAAGCUCAUGAACAAUUUUUAAAAGCGUCUAAUGCAACACCAGAAAACCCACUACGACCUUGUAGUGGUACUUUUAAAUCAUCAAUGGGCCUACCUUGUUCUCAUGUAAUUCAGGAAUUUCUUGAUAAUAACAAAUGUUUACAGCUCGAUGAUUUUCAUCAACAUUGGUGGAUCCAGCAACGCCAAUUGUCUCAACAAGAAUCAUCCGAAACCGAAGUUUCAUUACGUUAUAAAUGGGAAGAGUAUAGCCAGAAAUUCGACUCUUUGCCACUUUACCAAAAAAGUACAAUUCUGGGUAUAAUGUCGAGCAUAUUUCAAGAGUCGACAGUAAUUGUACAAGAUCCACAGGUGCAACCCACAAGAGAACGUCCGGUAGGUGCAAAAAACCGUCCCCAACCGUCUACUAAAAGAGAUCCGUCCACCUUUGAGUUGAUUAUAUCAAAAAAUUAUAAUAGAAAAUGUGGUGUAUGUCGUGGGGUCGGGCACAAUAGUAGAACAUGCCCUAAUCUUGAAAAUUUAGAUGAAGGUCAUAACAGAAAAUGUGGCAUAUGUCGUGAGAUCGGGCACAAUAGUAGAACAUGCCCUAAUAUUGAAGAUUCAUAUGAGGAGAGUAAUGAGGAUAGUAAUGAGGAUAAUUAG